UAAUAAUAGCAAAUACGCCGCUAGUCUACCCCAAAUGCGCAGAACCACUGCCAGUCUGCCAGUGCCAGACUGGCAAUAGAGCGGCAAAUCGUCAAACACCUGAGGUGCAAAAAAUGAAAUUGAAAUCUCUGAAGCUCAUGGCGCCAUCAUCGCUGUAAGGAACCAAGUCACCGCCGCCGAUUUCUGGAGCUCCAAUUAUCACCAUGUUCGGCACUCCAUCCUCUACGCCGGCGUUCGGCACUCCGUCCACCCCAGUGUUCGGAACUCCCUCCUCAGCGUUCGGAACUCCCUCCUCCACUCCGUUGUUCGGUGUUCCAUCAUCUUCGACUCCGGCGUUCGCCACUCCGUCCACCUCCUCGUUCGCUACUGGAUUCGGGUCUUCUCUCUUCUCCACGCCAUUUUCUGCGCAGCCUCAACAGCAACAUCAACAGCAGCAGGCGUCCCUCUUCCAGCAGCCGAGUUCUGGUUUCGGAUUCCCGACUCAGUUCCCCGCUCAGCAGCCUACGUCAUUCCCCAAUGCUCAAUUGACGACUCAGAUGGCCCCUGUGGCCCCGCUCCCUUUCUCCCUUGCUGAUCGUGAUAUUCAGGCAAUCGUGGAUGCUUAUAAGGAGGAGGCUGGGAACCCUAAAUAUGGUUUCAAGUAUUUGUUGUUCAGUGUUACGGAUCCACAGCUCAGAGUCAAGCCUGCCACAGUAUCAGAUUUUAUGUGGGCGGAGGCUAUGGGGAAGUUAGAAGGGAUGGAAAGUAGAGACCGGGAGCGUCUAUGGCCUCAACUUGCUCAAGGUUUCAAAGAUCUGUCAAACCGCCUCAAGCUUCAAGAUGAAGUCAUUGUUUCAGAUUCUGAGAGAUUGCGAACGACCCAAAGCAAUGUGAAAACGCUUCAACGGCAUAUUCAAGCAGAUACUCUUCCGUGGAUUGAUAGGCUGAGACAAAAAGAGCAAAGUCUUCAGAGGCGCCUUCUAAGGACAAUGCGGAUACUUGAAGCUUUGGAGAGCAAGGGUUGCCGAUUGCCACUAACAAAAGGGGAAGCAGAGUUGGCAGAGAAGCUAGCUUCUACAAUUAGACAGCUGAAAGGUCCUGGAGCAGAACUCGGCAGGAGGAUCCAAAGCUUACUCACUGUCUCUCGUGCGCAAGCAAAUGGAAUUGGUCCAGGAGCUUCUGCUUAUCUCCCUGGCUCAACGAAGAUUGACGACCAAAGUCUAGUCGAUAUGCAAGAAGUCUUACAACAGCAGACAGAGGCUAUCGGAAGGCUUGGGAAUGUGCUGAAGCGAGACAUCAGAGACAUCGAAAUUAUGAUGGUCGAGGACACCGAAAUGGGCGAUGGUUAAGCGGAGACCAUGACCGAGGGAGAUGAAGAUGGCAAUACGAUUAUUCUUGACUCUUUGUUGCGGCUACUUUACCUGUUGGCUCUAACCAAGAGAUAUGGUUUGGCAGAGGUUUGCAGGUAACAUAUUCCUUUUAUGUUGUUCAAAAACCUUCUUUGGUAUGAAAUAUUCUAAAAGAACUAUGACACCAUUGUUAUUUGGCACCGGAUUUGGCUAAAAAUCGACCUCAUCGUAGCUACAUAUGUGAAGUGUGAUGGUAUCAAAAGAAAGCCAUAGGGUUAGCAUCCCAAAGAACUCAGAUGCUUCCAGUCCAACUCUUUUACAAUGGUUGACAUUUUGUGUCUCUUUCACAUUGGUUAUUUAGAAUGACCGGAGUCUGAUUUUUACUCAUUCAUUAUGCUGUUGAUCUGGGCUGACGCCUGACGGCUAUAGAGUUUUCGCAUAGAGUUUACCUUAUCAAAUAAAUGAGAAUGUGCAUUUUGGACGAAUGCUCGAAAUACUUCCCAUAUGGCGAAUCGUAUUCGAGUCCGAUACGCAUUUCAUCUUGUGCAGCCUUCACUUGCAGCAACAUGCCAACUUUGCACUUCCUGCUUCAUCUUCAUAAGCUGCAGCCUGCAAGAAGUCUGGCAGGUCUGGUUAUGGACUCUGACAACCUGAAAACAGUAUCUUUGCACACUUUUUGGACUCGAUCAAGCAGAACAAUAUCUAGCGUAUCAUUUUUUUUUAUCAGACAUCUAGCAUAUCAUUGGUUGGAACUUUAAAAUCAAAAAUAAUUUCUUACGGAAAAAUAUAUAUGAAAAAAUAGAGAACCAUGUUCAUAAAAAAAUAUGUUUUACCAUCUUUACCUUAUAAAUCAUCCUCUCAAUCCAAUCACUUUAAAGAGUAUAAUGCAAAUUAGAGUUAGCUAGCUAGCGUUGGGAGAUACCCUAGAGCCUAGUUAUCAAAUUAAUUUUUAUCAAAUUUGGUGCACCCAAAAUGGUUGUUAUGUUGGUCGGUUGAACCUAGUUAUCGAGUUAAUUUUUAUCAAAUUUGGUGAUACUAAAAUGUUGUCAUGCCAACCAGGUUCAAUCGAUGUUGGUCAUAAAACUGGCAGAACACUACUGAUAUGAUCGGCAUGAUUGACUUAUGAAUUCUAAACAAAAUGACGUCGAAUUUAAUUAAAAAAAUUAUUGAUUUUAUUAAUUUAAAAGUUAACGUUGAUAAUAUUUGUUGGAUUGUAAGUAAUUAUCCUAAAUAUAUUUAAUAUAUGAUUAAAUUCAUU